CAUGUGUGUACCGUCGUGAACACGUUUUGUCUGUUUUUACCGCGUUAACCCGCGGUACAUUGUUUACGAAUGUAAUUUUGUUACGGUUUUUCGAAUCCACUUGUCAAAACUGGAGCGACGAUGUUCCCACAAAGCUCACAGAAAAAAUACUGGAUAUUUAGCGACGAAAAUGAUUUGACGCUACUGAGAGAGAAAACGAAUGCCGAAUUUAUCGAAAGACAUGGCGUGAACAUGACGCCAGAGGAAAGGGAAGAGUAUUUUCUAUCGCAUACAGAGGAGCGUACGCUUCUCCGUUUUUACGAAUCACAGUUGAGAGAUUUUUGUCGUCGAUUCAGUCCUCCGAUGCCUCGAGCUACAAUAGCCACUGCAUUGCAUUACUUUAAAAGAUUCUACCUCAGAAACAGUGUUAUGGACUAUCAUCCGAAAGAGAUUUUAGUCACAUGCGUAUAUUUGGCCUGUAAAGUAGAGGAAUUUAAUGUGUCUAUAUAUCAAUUUGUUGCUAAUAUUAAAGGGGAUAGAGAAAAGGCAUCCGACAUUAUACUUAAUAAUGAGUUGCUUCUUAUGCAACAGUUGAACUAUAAUUUAACAGUACAUAAUCCAUUUAGACCCGUAGAAGGAUUAAUGAUAGAUAUCAAGACCAGAUAUACUUCUUUGGAAAAUCCAGAAAGAUUGAGGCCAUACAUAGAUGAAUUUCUAGAAAGAGUUUUCCUAACAGAUAGUGUUUUACUUUAUGCACCAAGUCAAGUUGCAUUAGCUGCAACAUUACAUGCAGCAUCUAGAGCAUCUGCUAAUCUAGAUAAUUAUGUAACCGAUAUAUUGUUCUCAAAAGAACACUUAGGAUGUAUAAUAGAAGCAGUAAGAAAGAUAAGAUCUAUGGCUAAAUGCGUAGAAUCUCCUUCAAAGGAUGUGGUAAGGGCUUUGGAAAAAAAAUUAGAGAAGUGUAGAAAUCAAGAAAAUAACCCUGACAGUGAUAUAUAUAAACAAAGGAUGCAGGAAAUGUUGGAUGAAGAAGAUUUACAGGAUAAUGAGAAAUAUGCCAAAAUUAUGCAGGACCAAGCAGCAAGCGAUGAGAAGAUUUUAGGAGUCACAAAAGUUCUGUCUCCUUCUGCUCUUUAAAUAUUUUGCUGUUUCUUAAAAGGUAUGCAGCAUAAUAAAUUACAUUGACAUUAUUUUUAUACCUCUAUCCAUUGUAUAGUUUUAAUAAAUAAUUUAUUAGUUUACCUUUUGUAAUAGUAUGCAACAAAGAAAUUACAAUAUUAUUUAUUAAUACUAUUUAUAUAUUAUUUGGAGAUAAAAAUGUUCACUUUUACCAUUAAAAACGGGGGUGUAUACUGUCUCCUUAUAAUAAAUGCAAGUUACAAGAUUCACUUCUACGGUUUUCAUGCUUUCCUUAUAUCCUUAUUAUUAUUUACGAUUACUCGAUUCCUCGGAGUAUCGACUUUUCAAACGAGACAUGCUUCAGUAGCGCCA